GGGGUUAUUUACAGAAAUGUUUGGUGAUGGACUAGAUGCCUGGGAGAUGGACCGGGGCGCUACAGAACCACGCCAGGACCUAUAACCUCCCCAUCGACGAGCUCAACUUCCGUUUUAACGUGUUGCCGGUCUACCUAGACCAGGGGGCCGUGAGCGAGGCGCUGAAGACCCUACCGGCCGGGGGCGAGCUGGACAUGGACUCUGAGCUACCCACCAUCAACGACGGCGUGCUGGUGCACGGGAUGUUCAUGGACGCCAGUCGCUGGGACGACGUCGACAUGGUGAUCGAGGAUGCGUUGCCGCGGGUGAUGAACGCCAUGCUUCCCGUGGUGCACUUCGAACCCCAGCAGAACUAUGACCCUGAUCCGUCUCUCUACCAGGCUCCGCUGUACAAGACCUCAGCUCGGGCUGGGACUUUGUCUACUACAGGCCACUCUACUAACUUUGUGGUGACGGUGAUGCUGCCGUCCAGCCUGCCUAGUGACUACUGGAUCACCAAGGCCUCAGCCCUGCUCUGUCAGCUCAAUGAGUAGUCACACACACACACACACACACACACACACACACACACACACACACACACACACACACACACACACACACACACACACACGGCUGUACUUCUGCACCUUCAUUACCAGCAGCAGUGAUGAAGCCCAUUCUCUAUGGACUCUUGAUUUCUGGAAACCAGUGACUGUUUCUCACGUCUAUAUUGAGAAGUAUUCUACUGUGUACUCUCUCUCCCUGCUCAUCAGUUGAGAAGUAUUCUACUGUGUACUCUCUCUCCCUGCUCAUCAGUUGAGAAGUAUUCUACUGUGUACUCUCUCUCCCUGCUAAUCAGUUGAGAAGUAUUCUACUGUGUACUCUCUCUCCCUGCUCAUCAGUUGAGAAGUAUUCUACUGUGUACUCUCUCUCCCUGCUCAUCAGUUGAGAAGUAUUCUACUGUGUACUCUCUCUCCCUGCUCAUCAGUUGUAUUUGCACGGGGGCCCAAAAUGGCAUUUUUCUUUUAUUUUCCGAGUUGCUUUGAUUAAAUACCAUGUAGCAGUG